UUCUCUCUUAUUCAACCAUCAACCUCCGUCUCUCUCUCCUUUCUCUCUCCACCCAACAUCACCACACCACCCUCCCCAAUUACAAAAGACAUUAUGAUAGUAAAAAUAAAACAAAAGGUGGUAGAUGCAUGAGUAAAACACCAACUACUUGUGUGUUGUAAACUACAAACCACUCUCCUCUUUCUCUCUCUAUUCUUACCAUCUUCCUUUUGUAAUCCACACAAACCAAAACCACCCCACCACCCCCUCCCCCUCCUCCUCGGUUUCCCCGCACCGCCAACUCUUAUAUUUCCUCUUCCUUUUUUGCCUUUUACCCACCUUUGCUUCUUCAAGGAGAAGUAGAACCUGCCAUGGUGAGCCUUCGGAGGCGCAAGCUCUUAGGAUUGUGCUCUGGAUUCAAUUCUUUCUUGGCUCCAAUUUCUCCGAUCUUUGAGCAAGGACAGAAUCCACAGACCGCUGAAAGCACUAAACCAGUCAGUGUUCAUCCUCUGCCUUUAAAUGAUAGUCGCAAACCAAAAGAAGAAACCAGCUUGGAAGCUGGGCCUGGUUCAUCAAACAUGUCUGCUGCUUCAAGUGCAUCGAUUCAGCAUUUUCCCGAGGUUAAACGAAGAAAGAGACACAGAAGGAAGCACGUCGAGAACCAAGAGCCAUGCAUCAUGCGAGGUGUUUAUUUCAAGAAUUUGAAAUGGCAAGCUGCAAUUAAAGUUGACAAGAAACAGAUCCAUUUAGGAACUGUAGGCUCCCAGGAAGAGGCCGCUCGACUUUAUGACAGGGCCGCGUUCAUGUGUGGAAGAGAGCCCAACUUUGAACUAUCUGAGGAAGAAAAGCAGGAGCUCAGGAAAUUCAACUGGGACGAGUUCUUAGCCAUCACGCGCUCCGCCAUCACCAACAAGAAAAGCCAGAGACGAAAUGGGACUGGCCCACGGAGGAAGCUUCUAGACCACGACUGGGAAGGUGAGCAAGGGCGCAGUGGUAUAUCGGCUUCUGAUGAUGAUAUGCUAGCUCCCUAACCUCCAUUGAUCGCCUUCUUUACCACUUUUUUUUUCUUCCCUUUUUCUUUUUCAUUUUUUCACCUUAUAUAAAUAUAUAUGUUUCGGCUUAAUGCUAAAGAGUUGAUUCGAUUCUUGGUAUAUAAGUGCCCCUAUUAGGGCAAAUUCCGCAAGGUAAAAGCACAACAUUUUGCUGUAGUUUGGUAACAGAUGGAUCACAUCGAUUUAUCAUCAUCGUUCUUGUCUGAGAAUUCUUAGUUUCAUUGCACAAUUCAAGGUAGCAUGAACAUGCACAAUAAAUGUUGAUUUUGAUGACGUGGAAUCUGAGUUAUUUAUGGGAGAAUGGUUAUUUUUUUU